AUGGAGCCGGAAGAUAUGAUCUGGACCUUCAUGAUGGAACGUCGUAUCAUAGCUGAGUUUGGGCUUGUCAAAAAGGUUAUAACUGAUCCUCAAGACGCGGUGACAGCUGCUAACUCCUGCCUACAAAGACAUUAUGCAUUUGACUUCUGCAAACCGUGGCUGGGCGAUGGACUGUUAACGACUUCGGCUGAAACAUGGAAAGGUCAUCGCAAGCUGCUGAGCCCAGCAUUCAGCCUGCCUGUGAUCCACGGCCUCCUAGAAGUAUUCAACAGUCAGUCCAGGAAACUUCUGGAAGAAGUAGCCCCUCAUGAUGGAAAGGGCCCGUUUGAUCAUGACGUGUAUUUGACUAAGAAUGCUUUGGAAACUCUUUGUGUUGGCACUUUUGGAAUAAACAUAAUAGAUGACGAAAAAUUUACUCAGAAAUACAUCAAAUCUCUUUACGAGAUUAUUCCAAUGGUAACAAGAAAAUUUGUCGAAGUCUGGAGCCAGAGCGACUUUCUGUAUAAACUCUCAGGACUUAAGGAGAAGGAAGAUCAACUACUGGACACUUUACAUUCUAUGACGGAUAAAGUUUUACAAGAAAAAAAGCUUGCAAGAAAGGGGAAUGAAAUCAAAAAGGAAGUUACUGGAAUAGAAUACAGACCUUUCCUAGAUCUGCUGUUAGACUUGUCAGAAAACGGAGAUUUAUCAGACCAGUACAUCAGGGAAGAAACACAAACGAUCAUUGCAUCAGGUUUCGAGACCACUUCAAACCAGUUGACAUCCACUUUGGUGCUGUUAGGGGCUCAUCCUGAGGUGCAAGAGAAAAUGUACGAAGAAUUAAUAGAUGUACUUCAAGAUCGAGACGUAGAAAAAGAAGAUCUAAAUAAACUGGUGUACACAAACGCUGUUAUACUGGAGUCUCUGCGAUUAUUUCCAACAGUGCCUUGUUUACUGAGAUGUGUGGACAAAGAUGUAAAGCUAAAAAAUUACACGAUGCGUGCUGGUAGUUACUGCAGUAUAACUCCUCUGGUAGUCAACGUGAACUCUCCUUGGAAAGCUGAAACAACACAGUUUGAUCCCGAAAAAUGGCUGAAUGGUGAAUACAAAAACAAUUCGGAAUUCGCUGGUUUUGGACUGGGGAAGAGAGGAUGUAUAGGGAAAACAUACGCAAUGACGAUGAUGAAGGUGGUACUAUCGCACUUCAUACGCCGGUACCGAGUACAAGCUGACAUGAGUCAGGUUCGAGUCAAGUUCGAGUUCCUAUUGAAACCUGUGUCAGGACAUGAGAUCAGGAUUCAACGAAGAAUUUGAGACAAUUAUCCUGUAUUUAUACUGUGUUCAAACCAAACUAACUGUCAGCCGCCGA